AUGAAGAGUCGGCUGUGGGACAGAGGGUCAGUUAGUGUCGGGCGGUCGUGUGGGCUGCACGUCAUGGCUACAGUCGCGCCCCUCUGUGCCUUCGUGCUCAUAACACUCGCAGGCAGCUGUGAAGGUGGAGAAAAUAUAUUCGAGUUUAACACAGCCUUGGGUCAUGGUAAUGUUGAGCUGCCAGCGGGUUGCUUGUAUGAAGGGCGCUGGUACCGGGUGGGUGCGGUUGUCCGCACGCAAGCCGCUUGCUUGUCUUGCGCGUGCGUUGGUGGCGCGCUAUCGUGCCGUCGACGAAGUUGUCCGCCGCUACCAGUGCCUCCACCCCGUUGCCAUACACUGCACCGCCGGGACGAUUGCUGCCCUCACAUACAUUGCCCGGAUGGUGUAGAACUGGCGUCAGAUGUGUCGUCAGAAGAAAUAAUAUCUGAAUUUCAACAUACUACGUUAGCGUUACCCGCAUGCGUAGAAGGCGGAACAGUAUACGCCGCGGGCUCCGCUAUGCGCUCAAAUAUAGCAUGCGAGGAAUGCUUCUGCCUCGGUGGCGCCAGGCGGUGCGUGCGCCCCCAGUGUCUGCCUGCACAGCCAGGGUGCCAACCUCGCCCUACACCGGGCGCCUGUUGUCCCCAGAGAUAUUACUGUGAACAUCCCACUACCAUAACACCUCUUAACAGAAACCCAAAUGAUUGCCAAACGAACGACGGCCAAUGGGUUGAGGAGGGUAAACCUGUGCUAUCAACGAAGGGCUCAUGUACACAAUGCUUCUGCUUACGAGGCCACAUUCGGUGCCAACACUUAUCGUGUGCUCCCAACCUCCAAGGCUGUACCCCACUCGUGCAAGCAGGCCAAUGCUGCCCGCACCAGUACCAGUGUAAUCAUACUGAGCAAGAUAUAUCACAACACAAUCUAGAGAGUUUAGAAAAUUAUUUAGAGCACAGCAAAACUGAGGACAGAUCUUUUCAUUCAUCCAAAUCUACAAAACGGGAAACUACGGUUAAGACGUUGAGUACUGCAGCGGAUAAUAUCUCAACUGUAACCAGUGAUAAGUUGCCCACUACAAUAAGUAAUAACAAAGAUCCAUUUGAAACCAGUCUAAGCACGAUUGUUAGUCCCGACAGUACGCAAACCGAGGAAGAUUUAAUCGAAUAUGACACGACAAUUACUGAGCCGAGUACUACUGCAGUGACCACCGAUAGUUCAAUCACAGAACAGCCCGAGAACUCGGUGAAAAUUAUGAUAAAUGGUACUAUUAAUUGUACUUCCGAAUUAUCAUCGACCUCUUAUUAUAAUAUAACAAGUACCAAUGAUACCCUCAAAAUGCAAGCGGAGAUUCAACCAAGAAUACCAUUUACUGAUGAAACAGGAAUUGAAGCUGUGACUUUUCCAGCUAAUGAGAUUAUAACAGAGAGAACUCAUAACGAACAGCUUGAUGAUACUGAAAUCUUUGUGAUAAACGUGACGAGCUCUUUAAGAACAAAUGCCACGUUCCCUUCACCAGCUGUAGUGCCCUUUUCGUCAACAACAACUCUACCUACUACGACUGAUCUGCCUAUGCUAGCAGACUCACAUAAUAUCUCUAAGAAGACUAAAGAGGACGCUGACUAUGAUUAUAGUGAAGCGACGCUACCACCAUCACUCCCUAAUUUGAAAAUUAUUCCAUUCGUAGCAGCAGAUGCUGUAGUUGACGAAGACUUGUCUGCGAAAGAAAGUUCUUAUCCUGUGAUAGAGAAAGAAGAAAAAUUUCCCGUAUAUCAGUCAAAUAACGACAGAAAUGUUUAUUCUAAACGGCGUGAAGAUGUAUACAGUCCUAUACAAUAUCCGACUUUAACAAAUAAAAACGAAUCGGAAUAUAUUUUCACUAAUCAACCAACAAAAGAUAUCGAAAAACCCAUGGAGUUCACAAUUGGAACUUCUUUUAAUAACGCAAAGGAAACUAAACCUGAACAUAACUUACCUGUCAAAGGCAACACGGAAUCGGAAAUGCCAGCAAAGAAUCUCUUCUCACCUCCUAUUCAAACUGAAGGAGGAUUCAUCCCCAAAGGACCUAGUAUAGCGGAUGAUUACUACGCAUUGUAUCCCAGUACCCCACCGGGGCCAGCUAUACCUCACUUUACGACUUCUAUGGGAAAAGUUGGCGAAGGAAAAUGUAUUACAAAUGACGGAAGACGAGUAGAGGAAGGCGAAUCUAUAAACCUAGCUUGUUCAACGUGCACCUGUGCCUGGGGUGAGCUUCAUUGCUCGCCGCUACCUUGCAAUGUGCCCUCGGGAUGUUUCCGCCAACCACCUGGGUCGCUUGAUCUGUGUUGCGGGGAACUUAUCUGUGAAAACGGUAACCAUACCAAGUAUACAGAAACAUCUAUACCAUUAAACUCUACGCUCACAAAUAAACUAGACAUAAUUGAUAGGAGCAACAACAGCUUAAUCAAUACGGCAGAGAUAAGUAUCACCACUUCAAACUCCGAAAUUGAUGACACCGAUGAAAGUGAUCUAUUGAUAAAGAAUCAAAAAGUUAAGCAGCAAACUACCCCAACGUUAAGUUCGACUACUGUUAGACCACAAACUUUGCCAGUGCAAGUGAACGAAACCAACGCUCAAUUAGACGAGUACGAAGAUGAUGAUGAUGCCGAUGAAGGUUUUUCGCUCGGAAGCGUUCUUCAACUCCUUCUCAGCGAGACAUAUGAAACAACUUCUACAACACCCUUUAAGAAAAUUCCGUCAAAUGUAACUCCACUCUUCCCUCCACCAAAGAGAACAACAAAUCCUCCAUCACCAUUUAGCUCCGCGACUGAGACAACAACAACAACGACAACAACAAAAAAACCAUCUCAAUUUUAUCAAACUAAUCAGUAUUCCUUCAUUCCAUCUAAAACAUUUAACACCGUAAACAGAAUAGAUCACUUGGUACUCGGUGAAGCGACAGCAAUUAGAAAAUCAACACCUCGUCCGUCAACAGCAAAACCUUUCGUCUCAACACGAAAACCUUUCACAAAACCGACUCAGCGGCCGAUAACAACCAAAACUGUUGAAAUAACAAGUAAAGGACACGCGGGACAGACGACGGAAACCAGGCCACCGAACAUAGUUCCGGGAUUUAUACCAGGUUUGCCAAAACUAGCUGGAUGUAAUAUAUAUGGCCGCAUGUACCGCGUCGGGAGAAUUAUUGCGGAGCUAUCGACGCCGUGCCAAGAGUGCAAAUGUACAGAGCUAGGAGUGCAAUGUAGACAAUUAACUUGCUAA